CCUGCAUCAAACUAAAAGCAUGAGCAGAAAUAAAGGAUUGUCCGCUUACAGGUCACUGUCAGCAGAGAGCUUAGUGUGUUUCGGAGGUCAACAUGGGAAAAUAAGGUUAUAAUAAAAUACUAGAUAGCUUCUUGUCGUGAUCGGAUGUCGUCAUGGGAAGCAAAGUGAGUGGCAAGAUGGCAGCUGCCAGUCGGGUCGUGCAGGUUGUGCGACCUCAUGCACCUUUAAUUAAAUUUCCAGAUCGGAAUGGCAUCCCUAGGCCAAAUGUGCAAGAGGCACUGAAUGUGCUUGCAGCCUGGCUCCCACAGAUCACCCCAUCUGCACCUCCACCUACAUCAAUAUCACCUCCACCCAAACCACCGGGACCCGUCAGCCGACUGCCUGGCACCCCUGACAGCACUGAUGUAGUUCGAGAUCUCCCUCAGAAAUACCGCAGAAGAACCCUUGCCUUAGAUGAAAUGGACUACAUUCAGCGUGGUGGACCAGAGUGACUGUGGUCCAGUUCAUGCAAGCAGACUCUAUUUGCAGAAAUCGGUUACCUGACUUUUUUUUUUUUUUUUUUCUCGGUGUAAGAGGAGUUCAUAAUGUCAUAUAGCAAACCAAUCUGUUUAUUGUACAUACAGAUUAUUAUUUGAUAGUUAAGCCUGUGAUUGGUUGGUUAAUUAUUAAGGUGCUCUGUAUUUAU